UUCGACCCCAACAUACCGACACUAGCAGGGUGCGAGGAAUGCGAGAGAAGAGAAUUCGCAGCCCCAGACAGACACACGCCGAUCCUCACACGCUGCAGACCUCUCGCCACCACUGGCUUCAGACGCUCCAAGCAAAGGAACAAGAGACUGAACAAACAUGUCUUCGUGUCCGAAUGGGGAGCUGUAACCGUGCGACCUGGGCAGGUUUGACGAAGGAGGGGGCGAACCCCCAGGAUAUCCUUUGCAACUUGUUAUUUGCAAGAAUGGGAUGGAGCAACAGAGGAAACCACGAACUAGAAAAAGCAUCGAGAAGUUUGGCCAGAGAUCCAGCCGAUACUGUCUUCUUAUGGAGCCUUCACCGACCAAUUUUUCCUUGUGGAGUCCGCUGGGCAACACCUCUGCGUUGGAAGGGGGCGAGUCAGCAGCAGCCCUGGGAGCUGUGCUGAGUCUGAUGUGUGCCACAGGGGUGGCCGGGAACCUCUACGCCCUGGCUGUAGUGCGGGCCUCCCCACCAGCCUCCUCGCUGCGCGUCCACCUCAUCAACCUGGCCCUGGCUGACCUGCUUUACCUCUCGACGGCUCCCUUCAUUGUGCACAACGGGUUGGUGAAGGAUUGGCUUUUCGGGGAGGCGGGCUGCCGGGUUCUCCUCAGCCUCGACCUCCUCACCAUGCACGCCAGCAUCUUCCUGCUCACUCUGAUGAGCUGCGAACGGUACACCGCCGUGGCACACCCCUUCCAGGCCGUGCGCCGCGCACGACGGUGCCGCCGGCCUUUGGCCGUUGCCAUUUGGCUCCUCUCCUUUGCCCUCGCCCUGCCCAUGAUGGUCAUGAUCCACCAAGAGGAGCGUAUAAUGGGCGAGGGGGCGGUCGUCCGGCGUCUCUGCUCCCCAACCUGGAGCGAGGAGCAGUAUCGGGUGUAUCUGAGCGUCCUCUUUAGCACCAGCAUCGUGGCUCCGGGCCUAGUCAUCGGGUCGCUCUACUGGCGCCUGGCAAGGACCUACUGGCUUUCCCAGACCCGAGGUGGGUUGGGCCGCUCUCCGAAGAACCGCGUCUUCCUCCUCAUCUUCGUCAUCGUCUUGGCCUUUUGGGCUUGCUAUUUGCCCUUCUGGAUCUGGCAGCUUCUGCCCCUCUACUGCCCACUAGCAGCCCGCCUGCCCGUCCACACGGAGAUCUCCAUCAACCACUUGGUGACCUGCUUGACCUACGGCAACAGCUGCAUCAACCCUUUCCUCUACACUCUGCUGACACGCAACUACCGCGAGUACCUGCGGGCCCGCCAACAGGGGACGUUGCGCGCUUCCUUGCGGUGCCUUCAAAGCAGAGGCCGGCCUCAGGAGGAAGAUGCAGAGGUGUGAGCAGGACAGGUAAGAAACACAGGAUCUCUUGACAACCAGUGGCUGAAGGAAGGACCCCUGCGGAGGAAAUCCCCUCACUCUCUCUGAACUCCAGCCCCUGAGCUGUUGCUCGCUCCUUGAACAAGAAUGGCAGGUUGAUGAAAUGAGAUGGAGGCUACGCGUUGAAGCUCGGGAGUGCCCUGCAGUUGCAUGACAGACAGAAAACCAACAGGUGAAGGAUUUUCCCUCAACGCAGUGCAUACAGAAACAUGUUUUGGAAAAGUCCUCCGUGUUGUUUUUUUCCAGAUCCACAGCACAACUGCUUCUGCAUCUAUCCGCUUCCUAUACCUACAAUAGCAAAUCAAAGAUUGGAAUAGCACACUUGUGCUGCUCCGAAGAGGUACACUUAACUAAGGAUGAAUGAAUCUCUGUGGGUGUGUCCGGGUGGGUGGGUGGGGGUGUUCUUCCCCCUUCCUGACCUUCAAACACGCUAUUAUGCACAUACCGUGUUUCCCCGAAAAUAAGAUAGUGACUUAUAUUAAUUUUUGCUCCCAAAAGAUGUGCUAUGUCUUAUUUUCAGGGGAUGUCUUAUUUUUCUGUGUUCUGUUCGUCGGGCAUGCUUCCAAACAAAAACGUUGCUACAUCUUACUUUCGGGGGUUGACUUAUAUUUCGCACUUCAGCAAACCCUCUACUAUGACUUAUUUUCAGGGGAUGUCUUAUAUUUGGGGAAACAGAGUAUCCAUCCCUAAAUUGUACAUUUACCCACGUCUCUAAAUAUCCCUCUGUUAUUCUUUCACAGUUAGCAACUACGCUGUGCUUUGGGAUGAUAAACAAAGGGAACGCUU